AGCAUAGCAGCAGCAGAAUACCGGUUCUCAAACGACCUUUCACAUGAAGACCCAAAAUCGGCCGAACAGGCAAUGCUGUAAUCCAGAUGUUACUGAGAAGGAAGACCACCGCCACAUCGCACCAGAAGAUGAGCUGGUAUAUGCAUGCGCCUUGUGUGGCCUUGAGCUCAAACCAGAACCGCCCGAUCGGAUGGCACUGGAAGAUGGCCACGAAGAUGAAAACGACGGUGAUCACUACGAUCACCGCGAUGGUGAUGGUGAUGAUGGUUCGCAUGUGUUGGAAGACCUGGCGGUACAGAAAAAGGAUCGACAGUUUCACCAACGCAGCGGAGGUGAUGUAGAGGACCUGCACGGCGAGUUGGAUCUAGGGACGGUGGUGUCAGCUGUGCAAGAUCUUCUCCGCGUGUGCUCGAACCUUUCCAAGGGCAUCAUAAUCAAUCCCCCCUUCCUCGCUUGUCCGGCCAAUGCCUCGCAGAACCCCUAAGAUAAUAGUCGCAAGCAUCCCCGCACAGGUUACUAUGGCCCCGAGACCACACAGAUCUUCGGCUAUGCUCGACUUUGACAGCCCACAAUGAAUGGCGAGUUUGAGCGAUGUCAUGACCAGGGCGACAUAGAAUAUACAUGCUGAAAAGACUAUGAGACUUAAUCCGUAGCCAGAUAGGCUUGAGUGCUGAGUGAAGUCAGUAGACCGAACGCUACUGCUUCAACAAUAGCAGAGGUAUUUACCUCGUCCAUUGAAAAGAUUAUAUUAAAAGGGGUCUAGCAAUGACUGCG